CCUUUCUUCACCUAUCAUCCUACCUACACAUUUCCAAUUCUCUUCGCUUCUACAACUACCUAAAUUUGGUCAGUUGAUUUGAUCAACAAAUACUCGUCGACCGAGAUACAGGCCCUUUUCUAUCGAUUACACAUUUCCCCCUUGCCGAUACAUGAACGAGACGCCAUCAGGUUGGAUUAGAUCGAAUCAGAUCCCUUCAGCCAAGCCUGGUUAUUGCCCAUACUGUACAAAGUGAGCCAAAAUAAAAAAACACUGCCUCAGCCAAGAUGUCGGAUCAGGAAUCGGGAAAACCUUCCAGCCCAGCGCCGGUCUCCGUUCCUGCGAAUGGAGCUGGCGCAACCGUGGGUCCGUCGGCCCAGCCCGCCACUAGCACAGAGCCGUCAGCGGUCAGGGAGAAGAAGGAGCUAGCCACGGCCGACACAUCAUCAGUGGAAGCCUCGGAAAUCCAAAACAUCACGCGCGCCGAGACGUCGGGCAUCUCUUCCGACCCUCUGAACUUUGGUCAACACCGUCGUGCAAACGUCUCGAAAAAGCAGAUGAAGAUCGACCACCCCAAGGGCAACAAGAAGAAGCUCAAAAAGUUCUACACCAGACAGAACCAGCUCAUCGACCAGUUCCUUGGAGUUGACGAUGAAGAGCAGAACGCAAUCGAAGAAGAUGCCCGAGUGGCUCCCAAGAUCAAGUUCGCUGUCAAUGCCUCGUUCGUAGUGAACUUUUGUCUGUUUAUCAUCCAGCUUUAUGCUGCUAUCUCCACUGGAUCAUUGGCUCUCUUUGCGACGGCAGCUGAUGCAUUUAUGGACCUUGUGUCUUCAUUUGUUAUGCUUAUAACCUCGAGGAUGGCUGCAAGGCCGAGCAUUUACAAGUACCCUGUGGGUCGCACACGCAUUGAGACGAUUGGAGUUAUCCUGUUUUGCGCACUGAUGACAACAGUCGCAAUCCAGCUUUUGGUCGAGUCGGGUCGCACCCUAGCUUCAGGCGGACAAGAGAGCGGAGAGCUUCACAUAAUUCCUAUCAUCUUCGUCGCCGUCGCUAUCUGUGCCAAGGGUAGCUUGAUGGUCUUCUGUAUGUUAUACAGAAAGUAUCCCUCUGUCCACGUCUUCUACAUUGAUCACCGCAAUGACAUUGCAGUGAACUCGUUUGGUCUGAUAAUGGCAGUCGCUGGAGAAAGAUUUGUCUGGUACCUUGACCCUAUCGGUGCCAUCCUCAUCGCUCUCAUCAUCCUCUUUUCGUGGGUGACCAACGCCUUUGAGCAGGUGUGGCUCCUGGUUGGCAAGUCGGCGCCUCGCGAGUUUAUCUCCAAGCUUAUUUACAUGGCUAUGACGCACGACGAGCAAAUCCUCAAGGUCGACACGUGCCGCGCGUACCAUGCCGGCCAACGGUACUAUGUCGAGGUUGAUGUUGUCAUGGAUGAUGAGACUCCGCUGAGGAUAUCGCACGAUGUGGCCCAGUCACUUCAGCGCAAAAUGGAAGGACUAGGCGAUGUAGAGCGUGCAUUUGUACACGUCGACUACGAGCAUGAGCACGACGUUCAUGAGGAGCACAAGCCCCUUUAUUUGAGGGAGACCAAGACAAAGAGGACAUGGAGGGAAAUAUUCACUGGCGCCAAGAAGACGAUCCAGGGAGAGAACCCCGACAGCCAGGUCGCCUAAGCUGUAGGAUAUAGGGAUGAUGACUCUGUCCCAACGUGCAUUUGAGCACAUGGGUAUUGCUAGUAAAAUAUGGAUGGAAAAAUAUAACGGGGAUCGUUUGAUUUGGUUUACAUGUUUGGUUGGCACUAGUUGGGCCCGGGUACAAAAAUAGGGUCUUCUUGGCUUGUGUAAUAUUUCGGUUCUACCUGUAUAUACUCGGGGAAGGAACUUACAAGCGAUCAAUCGCGUUUUUGUUGUUAUUGAUAUACGUUCCCUUUCUCUUCUUUUCUUGAUAGUUGAAGAAUUGUUCAAGAUACACACCCGAGUU